AUGAAAGAUAUAUAUGGAAAAACAGCUCUUCAUAUAGGAUCUAAUAAAAGCCCAGAUUUAAUACGUUUUUUAAUAUCAAAUGGAGCAGAUGUUAAUUUGAAAGAUAAUGAUGGACAGACUUUCCUCCACCAAAUUUAUUCUCCCUCCAAUCUGGCUGCAAUAUGGGGAGUGUUACUUACACAUGCUGUCGAUAUCAAUGCAAAAGACAAAAAAGGGUGCACUCCUCUUCAUUAUGCAGUAAUAAGGGGAUUGGUGAAAUUAGUUAAAUUUCUUGUUUCUCAUGGAGUAGAUGUCAAUUCAAAAGAUUUUUUGGGAUCGACACCUCUUCAUUACGCAGCAGAACAAUUUAGUUUUGAUAUUGUCGAGGUACUUAUUUCUAACGGUGCAAAUAUCAAUGAGAAAAACAAUAAAAAUCAAACUGCUCUCUCCCUUGCUAUUGAAUCACCACCUGAAUAUAAAAUUUAUUACAAUAAGACAAUUGAACUUCUUAAGUCGAAUGGUGGCAUAUGUUAA